AUGUCAUCUGCCUGCUGUAAAAUAAGUUCGAUGGAAAAGCAUAAUGUUGCCCUCAAUGUGUCCUACAGUUCAUCCAACCAUGCGCGGUUCGAUUUCUCGUUCAAUAGUCUGUCUACUCAGUGUUGAGUUUUGUAUUUUUAUUGUAUUUUCUGGAUAUAUUUGAUUUAUCUCAAAAAUAAUUUUGUUUUUUUCCUUGUGAAAAGCUGUGCAAUUAAAAUAAUGCCAAGUAAAAAGACGAAGUAUAAUGCUCGUUUUCCAGCGGGUCGAAUAAAGAAGAUCAUGCAAACGGAUGAAGAGGUGGGGAAAGUUGCUCAGGCCGUACCUGUUAUCAUUUCCAGAACACUGGAGCUGUUUGUUGAAUCAUUGCUUAAAAAAGCAAUGGAAAUAACAAGCACCAAAAAUGCAAAAACUUUAAGCCCGUCACACAUGAAACAGUGCAUACUUUCUGAGAGUCGCUUUGACUUUCUCAAAGACUUAGUGAUAAUGCUACCUGAUGUGACAACCUGUGAUUUGGAAGAUGGGGCAGGACAGACCAGCAUCAGUGUUCAGCCAUCCAACAGUGUUGGAAAAUCUGAUACUGCAAGUGCUAUUCAGUGGAAGCAGGAAGGUGUUAGUGUUCCAAGCAGCAGAGAGGACAUCGGACACGUAUCUCCGUCCUUGCAAGCGGCUGCUGUUUCAAGCAAUAAAAUUAACCUAAACUUUUAUAAAGAAACUGAGGAAGCCAGUAUGAGCGUUACUGAGAGUUUUUGCCAACAACCUGCUGCUGUUGCUGUGACGCCUCCUCGGAGUUCAUUUAUACAUCCCAGUGCUACAGACAUUCGGGACACCGAUGACAGUGGAAGUGAGAAUGAAGAGCGAUACCGGAGACCAGUCAUAGUUCCGCGGUAUGUUCAGCCCAAGGCAAGUGCGACGGUAGAUGAGGAUUAUGACACUUAAAAUUGCUUCUAAAAGUCAUGUGGUUUGAAUUUUGCACCAACAGCUGACAUUUUGCAAAUACAAUUAUGUGUCGUAGUUCCAUAUUGAGAUGUUUUAAAAUGCAGUUCAGACGAAAAUAUUUCGUUUCAUUAUUAAUUUUUGUUUUAUGAGAGAAUUAAUUGAUCGUGAAUUAAGAAAUUAAUACUGUGGAAUCACAUACAUUUCUGCUCUUCUUUAUUAGCAUUAUGCACAUAAUAUUGAAGCAUGAAACAUUCAAAACACAUGAAGACAUUACAAUGAAAGUGAAACUAGUUAAUAGUUGCGUAUAAAGUGGUGAGUACAAAUUUUUAUAUUAUGAUAUAUACGUAGCUGGUUUUGCCACCUUGGGAUUAAAUGUUUGAUGCCAGCAGGUGAGUAGAAUCCUGCUGCUGUGAACAGAGUAGCUCGUAAGCUACUGGCCAGUGUUACGAGAACUUUACGAUGAUUCAAGGAAAACAUGACAGAGCUUGUCCUAUUUUAACUGGAUAUCAGAAUUACACAGAAUUGUAUUUCUCUUAAUUUUCUGCACCCUUUCUUUUCAUUAUAAAUUUUCACCUUUUGUGAUCCACUUUCAAAUAAAGGAGAGAAAAACUGUGUUUCAUUUGAUGGUUCUGUAUUUGACUCUGUAGUUAACUGCAAACAAAAUAUUGACAAGGAAAUUUAUUAUGAGAUGUAAGCAGUGCUUUUUUUGUGAUAAGUGCAGUUCUGGCUGGUUUUCCUCAAAAUACAAAGAAUAUGAGCUGGUGUAGCUCAUCCAGUAUAACGUCUGAUUAUGGACUGGAUGACGGGUUUGAUCCGCAAUGGGGACAAAGGAUUUUUUAUCUAGCCUCUGCGUCCAGGCUGACUCUGGGGCCCACUCAGCCUCCCAUCCCACGGUGUUGUUUCUUCAGGGGUAAAGCGUGGCCGAGGCAUGACACCGACCAUUUACCCCAAUUUAGUGCAUAGGUCAGGAAGGAGUAGGAGUUACACCUCCUCUUCCUCACCUGUCUCCAUAGCAUGUAGCAGGAUAACUUUACUUCACAAAGAAGAAUUAAAAUGUGUUAAAAUUGGACAUAACUCAAAGUACUUAUGUAUCUACAAAGUAGCACUGUAUUCAAGCAUAAAUGUUACAGUCACCAUCUUCCUGCAGUCCCUGUGAUUAGAGAGGCAGAUGAUGACAACUGAAGAUGACUGUGUAUGAAUGGAAACGUACUCUUUGAGCAGUGGUUCCUGGUCUUGUUGCAGUCCUAUGUUCCAAAUUUCACUAGCUUUUGUUCUGAGAAAUGUGAUUAGUUCUGCUGCUUUUAAGUGAUCGCAAAAUAAAAAUGUUUCCAGUAAAUAAUAUGUGGAAGUUCAUGUAUGUUCACAUACCAUUUUAUUUGUUCAUGAGAGGAUUGCUCGUGUCUCUUCAUGCAACUUUGAGAAAAUAACCCAGCUAUAACCUGCCUUUUCUGCAUUCAGCCUUCACAUCUGCAAAGUACAGCAAACAGGUCGAUAUCGUGCUAACAUGUAUGAUUUGAGGUUUUCAUGGCAGAGAGUCUGAAGACGGCUGUCUUCUUGGUUGUGGUGCCAUGUAGUGUGGUCAAAGUUUAUAAAUAUUUUAGAGGUCCUUGUUUCCAUCAUCAGCCUGAUGAUGGAGGCAGCAAGGACCUCUGAAAUGUCAGUAAAUUUCUGCCAUAUUAAAGGUACAACAUCCCAAGAGGCAGUCUUCUUCAUGUCAGAAUUUUAUUUGGGAGCUAAUGCUGGUCAGGUCACCACCAUUGGCUGUCUACCUUUCUUUCUUUCUAUUUUAUUUGUAGUCCUAACAGUAAUAUGGAAAUGGAACAGCUACUUCCUUCUUUAUUCCACCAUACCACAUAAUCUGCAGUUGAUACAGCAUUGUUGUAACCCAUGAAUCAUAAACCACAAAGUGCAGAUUGGAAAACCUGGGUCUAGAAUAAUUUAUAAGGCACAGAUUCUUAUAGUGAAGAAGACAAGGUGAGCGUCUUCUGUGACCAUGGCGAGAUGUAUUUUGAAGUUGCAUUGAUAAGCACCAAGUACAAAUACCUGAAGGAACAUUAACGUACUGUCCAUAUUUGUGUAAUGUGCAACAUUAGAUUUAAUCUUAAUUGUUUAAAAUUUGGGAAUAAAAAUGUAAUGAAAAUUA